GUGAUUUUGUUUUCAAACAAGUAUACGGCGAGUGUGAAGAAAAAUGUCAUAGGUUUAUUUUUUUUUACGUGAUUCUGAAAUUAGUUAGAAAUGUAUAUUAACGAUGUGUUGAAAAAGGAUGAGAUUCGGAGUAUUGCUAUACAGGAUUUGAAGCAGUUUGGUGUAAAAUAUAGGAGUAAGAAGGCCCGCCAAUAUGUACAGGAAACAAAAACCAGGAAGGUAUUCAGGGUUGCUCUGCAUUUGCUGCCCAUGGAAACUGUGACUCUACCCAGUGGACAACAGCUUGUAGUGCCGAAGAUUGUUAAUGACUUGUGCAGUUUCAUUAUUACAAAAAUUGACACUGAGGGACUUUUCCGGAAAGGUGGCUCAAAAUCUAGACAAAAUGAAAUUAGAUUAUCAUUAGAUGCUGGAUGCUAUUUAGGAGAAGAACAUCAUGAAGUUGAUGUUGCUAGUGUACUUAAAACUUUUUUUCGUGAAUUGCCAGAGCCCUUGAUUCCAUUUUCUUUCCAUGAAUUGUUUUUGAGAUGCAUGCUUCUAUCUGAACAUCAAAUUGAAGCAGUUCUAUUAUCCUGUUUGUUAAUACCAAUGGAACACCUUAACACUUUAGCCUAUUUUAUGCAGUUCUUAUUCAGAGUGUCUGAAUAUAGUCCAUUUAAUAAAAUGGAUGCUUACAAUUUGGCAGUGGUAAUGGGGCCCAGUUUAUUACCAGCUGAAGAGAAGUUGCCUCAUAAUCCAACACAAAGACUGACAAAGACCUGUGAACUUUUUAAAUUACUUAUAGAAAACGCUGCUAAUAUUGGAGUCCUUACAGAGAGUAUAAUAGAGAGGAUAGCUAUAACGAGUUCGAUGAGUUCACUCAACGUCGAUGACGAAGCUAAUGUUAAAAAGAAAAAGAAGCGACGAAGUGGUUCAUUGACGCGAAUGUUGAAUGGUUUAAAGAAAAUUGUCAGCAGUAAAACCGAGGAAGUCGUUCAAGAAUUUCCACCGGAUUUGUUGCUAACUCCGUGCAUCACUAGAUCCGCGAAGAAACGUAAAAUCGAAUCAGCCGGAAUUUCAAAUAAGAAACGACGACAAAUCAUUAAUAGUUUACCUCAGCAAGCUAUAUUAAAUACUCCAUAUACUCCAGUUAGUAAAAAUCCUGAUGCAAUAAAAAAACCUACCCCAGAAACAUGUGAGAAGACAAAGGAAAAGAAGGUACUUUGGUCGAAGAGCAAAGCGAAAGUGGAAGAAGGUUCAUCUAAAACGGCGAUACAAAGGCGUUGGUCUGCAGUUAGUUCUGUGGCUGCUUUCAGAAGAAAGAAGACACGGAAUUCGUGUGCCGCUUCUUUGACUCACCAAAAACCUAAGAUCUUAGAGAAAGAUCCUCAGAUAGAUAAUAGGAUAAACGAUUUAUCUGAAGAACUUACAAAGCAUAAAGAACCUGAAACUGAAAACUAUGUGCGCAUUUCCAAAGUCGAAUACGAGGAGAUCAAAAACCGUGUUUCAGCUAUAGAACGACGUAUCUCCAUAGAGCUGGAGAACGCAGAGCCGGAAGCAUCUGCAACCUGUGAUGAUGGAGUAAAGGAUGUAGAGAUGGCAUACGAGCAAACCCUUGUACAAACUGAGCCGCUUAGCCCUACGACAGAUCAGCUCGCUAAGAGGUUGAGCAGAGAACUGAAGAUUCGGCGAUCGAACGAACCUAAAGUAUUCAGGUCUCCGAGUGCCAGAAAAAUCGGAAGCUUGAGACGCAGAUCCCGGGAACGCGACCAGGUAAGAUUAAAUAGAAAUCAGUCUUGGUGCGUGACGAGUUCCGCGUCUAAGUCUGCCCUCCGCAGGGGAAGACCUAAUACCGUUCAAACGGGUUUGCCGCAGCCUACGACGGCUGAAGAACCUCCGAAGACACGUUCGAAUUCGUUUCAUGGUAACAAUUCGCCGUCCGUAGUGGCGAAUUCGAUGACAUCGAACUCCUCUACGGUGAGUUGGAAAAGUGCGCAAGGAUUUUUCAAUGCUACGCCUAUGUCUAACCCUGGAGUCACUGAAAACUGUAGGGCGUCGCUGGCGAAGUUGCGCAGUCAAAACGCUGGGAUGGUGCUGGCCAAGGCGAAAUUGUUUGAUAACCUAGUGGAUUCAGAGUGUAGUAGCAACAAAUCUGGAGAAUCCAAUUGCGUAUCAUCUCAAACACGUAGCACCAAAAUCGGGGCUCCACGAGUUCUUGACAAGAACAGCAGGAUUCAGUCGUUAAAAAUGGAGGAGCGCAGAAAGAAGGCUAUUUCACCUAGAAAGAGAAAUUGCAACAAAAGUCCACAAAUUCGAAUGCAACGUAUCAGCGUGAAGGCGCCACCACCUCAAGAAUAUAAUAUGGAUAGGACAAUAUUGAGAGACUGCAAUCGCCGUGGGUCAGAACCAACGACAUCCCCAAAAUGUGUAACACCCAGAAAUGCACCCCAAAUCAAGAGGACUUUAAACCCGAAGUCGCCACGCCGAAUUUGCAGGACACCGGUUUCCGAAGCUAAACAAACACCGCUCAAAGUAAUCGCAACGACGAGGAACACGCAUCACUACUAAAUUCCUUCUAGCAUUCUUAUUUUGCUAUGCAAGUAGAUAGCCCAAAAUUCUGCUUUACCAGAGCAUGCGAGCAUAAUUUCGAAAAUUUUAUUUGAUUUUUAUAGCAAGGACUUGAAUUGAUUAAAAUUUAACGUUGACUCUAUAUCGAAAUUAUGUUCGCAUUGUCUCCGAGUAUGAAGUAAGGACAUAAAGAAAAAAAGAAAGAAUUAAGUGGCCAUAGUUUAUAUUUCUUUAUAUAUCGAUAGAUGUUUUUUUUUAUAUUUUCGUAUAUCCGAGAGUGCUGUGCAAACUAUGUACAUACGCAUUGUUAAAGAAAGUUAGAGAGAGAGAGAGAGAGAAAACGAAGUAAUCGAAUGUUUUAUAAUU